UGGAAAAUUCCUAGCUACGCCCCUGCUAGGACCCUGUGUUAGGAAGCCAAGCGCUUAACCACUCUACCACCUCGCCCCCAUGUGAUCUGGACGUCUAAAUAGAUCUAGUGCAGGAGAAAGCAAAUGCCGUUUUUCAUUGACUGAUCAGAUGAAACUGUAUAACAUUCCAGGUAAGAAACUAAUAAAUCAGUGACUAGGUAACUUGGUCAUGUUUACUAUUGCUAUUCAAGGAAAUUAUUUGUUCAUGAAAUAGCUAAAAAAGCUUUUAAAAUAAUCUCAACCAUUUUUAGAUGUAUUUAUGACCUUAUUAUUCUCUUUGUAGAGUUACCUUUGUAAAACACAGUCACGGAGUUUCCAAAGACAGAAAUGACUUGAUUACCACGAUUCACUUCCUUUAUUCGCGUAUCGUUUACCUGUUUGCUGGUACAGGACGUCAAAGUCAUUGUUUAGUCGGCAAUAAGUUGUCAUCUUUCAUUACCAAAUAUGUGUGGAUAAAUUGUGUUAAAAAUAUUUUUUUAAUUGUUGGAACACUUGCAGGUAAAGGAGAACAAAAUGCUUCAGGCAAGGUAUCUACUUCCCGAACACGUGCCAGUUUUAAUGUCGCUGCUGGCUUUAUAUUUAUGUGAGGGCUAUCUCACAACAGACCAAGACAGCAUUACAGUGUUGAUUGACACUGACAACUGCACACAGUUGUUUGAAUGUGUGAAUCUAACCAGUUGCGAAGUGCACCUGGAAAUAAACAACUACAGUCUAACAGUCCUUGAAACGAAGGGGAAUAAUUCAGUAGAAUUUAAUGAUUCAGAUUCUUCAUUAUGUUUGUCUUCCACUAAUGUUAAAGGUCAAUUUGGCACAUGUGCUAAAGUGAACGCCACAGUUGAACCUAGCACCACUAGAUGUUCGUCGUUAGACCCAUUUCUAAAUGGCUCUAUAUCGUAUUUACUAUUUACUAUUGAGUUUGAGAACUCGACCUGCAGACUAGUCAACAGCAGGAGAACAAACUGUGAUAUCAAUAAGACGGUUCACUCGGUGGAAGAGUCUGCAUCGCUGGAGCAGACAAUAUUACCAACUAGCAUAGAGUCAUCGAAAUCUUUGACCUUUGUGACGUCAUCGUCGGAAUCUGCAACGGCGAUGGACGUCCUGAAUGAGUCUUACGUAACAACAACAUCGCAGUCGUCUCUCGACGUUACGGUGGUCGACAGUACAUUCAGCGCUGACCAUCUUCAAUCAUUUUCAAUAACCGAUUUUGUCUUAGAGUCCACACAAAGUUUAACAACAACGUCAACGCUAUCAGCUUCAUCUCCCUCAUCAGUAGCUGACAGUGUGUUGAGCGUAUUAUGGAUAUCGGAAACAUUGCAUACUGUUGAUGUAAUUGAUCUAACUAAUUCAAUCAGUCAUGAGAAUUUUUUUACAUUAACUGAUUCUGUUUUGGAUUCACCUACAACAUCAACGCUAUCAGCUUCAUCUACCUCAUCAGUAGCUGACACUGUGUUGAGCGGAUUAUGGAUAUCGGGAACAUUACAUACUGUCGAUGUAAUUGAUCUAACUAAUUCAAUCAGUCAUGAUCAUUUUUUAACAUUAACUGAUUCUGUUUUGGAGCCUACCUCUGUAAUGAAUGAAAUCCUAACCACUGUGUCACUGGAGUCUAAAAUUUCGCAUGAUUCUAGCAUUAGUUUUAUAGAGUCUCAAAGUGUUCAGGUUUCUCCCAGCUCAUCUGUUGUUGAAAGCUUACAAAUGAAUAGUUUAACUUUUUCCAUUGAAUCCACUCAUACGUUGGAUGAAUCAAUAACCAGUACACUAACAGAUUUUAGUGUUGACGACCUAUCAUCUUUCCUAGAAGUAACACCAUCUAAAGAAGUUCAGUUCUUAGAAACAACUACAUUUCUUAGAAGUAUAUCUAAUGAAAUAAUCAGUUCAUUUAGAGAUGAAACUUCAAGUUUAUCAACUUCUUUCGAUCUCCCUGUGUUCAGCAGUGCAAGUUACAGUAUGACUGUUUAUAAAGUAACUCAAACAGAAUCUCCGUUAUUUAGUAGUUCCUUAUAUUCUAUGGAACAUUUAAGUACUGCAACUAACCCUGAAACUGUACAAGCUAGUGCUACAAUUAUUUCUGUUAAAAGCUCAUGGGACACUAAUGAAUCUACAGAUCAAAUCACACAGACAACUGAAGCUAUUACCCCUUCAUUAAUGACGAAUACAUUUAACAAUAUAAAUAUUUCCAUUGAAUCAACUCAUGUUUUAAAUGGAUCAAUAACCAGUCCUCUAACAACAGGUUUUAGUGUUGACGACCUAUCUAAUGAAUUUCAGUUCUUGACAACUAAGUCUCUUACUGCAAGUAUACCUAAUGAAAUAAUCAGUUCAUUUAGAGAUGAAACUACAAGCUUAUCAACUUCUUUCGAUCUCCCAGAGUCCAGCAGUGCAAGUUACAGUAGUACUGUUUAUAAAGUAACUCAAACAGAAUAUCCGUUAUUUGGUAGUAGUUCCUUAUAUCCUAUGGCACAUUUACCGACUGCAACUAACCCUGAAACUGUACAAGCUAGUGCUACAAUGAUUUCUGUUAAGAGUUUAUGGGAUACUAAUGAAUCUACAGAUCAAAUCACACAGACUACUGAAGCUAUUACCCCUUCAUUAAUGACGAAUACAUUUAACAAUAUCAAUAUCUCCAUUGAAUCAACUCAUGUUUUAAAUGGAUCAAUAACCAGUCCACUAACAGGUUUUAGUGUUGACGACCUAUCGAACGAAUUUCAGUUCUUGACAACUAAGUCUCUUACUGCAAGUAUACCUAAUGAAAUAAUCAGUUCAUUUAGAGAUGAAACUACAAGCUUAUCAACUUCUUUCAAUCUUCCUGUGUUCAGCAGCGCAAGUUACAGUAUGACUGUUUAUAAAGAAACUCAAACAGAAUCUCCGUUGUUUAGUAGUUCCGUAUAUCCUAUGGCACAUUUAACGACUGCAAGUAACCCUGAAACUGUACAAGCUAGUGCUACAAUGAUUUUUGUUAAUAGCGCAUGGGAUACGAAUAAAUCUACAGAUCAAAUCACACAAACAACUGAAGCUAUUACCCCUUCAUCGAUGACGAAUACAUUUAACAAUAUAAAUAUAGUUGUCUCAACAUCUACUGAAACCGUUAACUCUAGAAUAGACACCAGUAUUGUGGUUUCCAUAAGAGAUCCAAGCAUGCUAUCGAUGGCAGUUCAUCCUCUUGCAACACUGACUACAAGUGAGAGCUUAGCUCCAAGCGAGUUUACGGCUUCCGUUGAAGCAAGCUCAAAUGUUUUUGUAUUCUCAAGUUUUACCUCCAAAUCGUCACACCAAUCCAUGACGUUAGUUGGAGUAUCUAGUACCGACACUACUUCUGAGCAAAACAACAUUACCACUUUAGACAAUGUGACCUCACACCAGAAAGUCAUCUUAACGACGGUCUCAACAAACGAUACCGUCUUCUAUACAAUGACCACACUUGACCCGAAUGUCACAGUUAACCUGUCGGUAUUCGCAAGCACUCUUCGGCACUCCGACGACACCGUCCCGAUCGUUCUAGGCGUAGUGCUCGGCUCAGCAGCUUUGUCAGUGUUGGGUAUACUCCUAUGCUUGUACGUGAAGCACAGAAAGAGGAGUCAACUAGCCACAAGGGCGCAACGGUACAAGACGAAUGGCUUCAGAAACUGGAAGAGCACGAAGCGCAACACAAGCGGUUCAGAUCAAACCUCAUUUGAUCAUAUUCCUCUCGCUGAUUAUUCGCCAAUGCAUUCAAAAGAGUACGUGGGUAACCAUACGAAGUCUAACGUGGACAGCUCUGGCACAAACAUCGAUAAAGACAAUAAUCCCCUUUUCGACAACGACACACUUCAAACCCAAGAAGAUGGUCUAACAAAAGCCGCCGACUUUGGCAGGCUACGAGCUGACGUCAUUAUCGCUGGCCUGAACAAUAACAUUCAGGGUAAAAUCAAACCCAGAAAAAGUGAUGCUUUAAACUUAGAAAACAUCCAGCUCAACGACUUGCGAACACAACGAGACAACACAAAAAGUGACAGCAAUGUCAACCCUCUGCUCGUGGAAAAGAAUGAAAUCAAGCUUAAAGCGACCGCCCACGGGAAAUCAAGAAAGUCUCGGGAGUAUACUGAUAUUGCCACUGAAGUCUUCGACAAAGAAAACACUCGACCAAGACCAACAUCCUGUGAUGUAUAUGCCACUAUUAGUGAGGUCGAUACUGGAUCUAUCAGGUAUCAGUAUAUUUCUCUGUAUGACAAAGCUCGAGCACCUGAGACAGAAGUAGCUAACCCCGAACUCUUCGAGUACUACUCAACAAUCGCAACAGAAAGCAAUCAAAGAAAGAUAACUUCGAAUAAAGCAAUAAACCAAAGGAAUUCUGAGUUAUCCACGGAUCGAACUUCUUUUAAUGGCUCCAGUUUAUACGAAGAUAUAAAUAUAUUCGAAACAAAAGAAGUGGAUUCUUCUCAAGCAGGAGGCAAUCAAGACAUGUAUUCUAUUUUAGGGCAAGAGAGCAGAGAAAGGCUUAACCCUUACAACAGUCUUCCUUACCAAAAGGAGGAGGGAAUGAACAGUGACUCCGAAUACCCACAGCACGCAAAGCAAGUCUCCCAAAACACUUCCGGUCAAGUUCAGCCCGUCUACAACAAACUUUUCACUACAGACGUGCUCCAAACUGAUGGGCAUAUCUACAACCAAAAGCAGCAAGAGAGUCCAAGUCUUGCAAAUAAAUCUAGAUCUGAAAACGUUUUGCCCUCUAGCAAUGAGUCUCAAAACAGAAACAGUGAUUUAAGGGAGAAUGGAGAGAUUAUCUAUUUCAUCUUGGAACCGGGUAGUCAGUAUGAUUAGAGUCUGGUCAGAUAUUUAAAGAAACGAGAUGUGGCAAAAUAUUGAGGUCGCAGCGGGUCUGCGCCAUAUAAACCCUUGAAUUCCUCUUUAAGAGUCAAGUCCGAUUGCUUAUUAUCAUGUAUUAUAGGGAAGAAGGGUUACUAUAUAUUUCGUAAUUCAAACGUCUAUGGAUUGGAGAAACACCUGACACAAGAAAUUAUCUAGAGACUGGGAUGCAACAUAAUUUAGGUGUAGGACUCUGGAAAUAUACAUUGUACUCUAUUCUGAGAUGUUUCAAAUUCUGUUCUGGGAAUUGAAUUAAUUCAUAGAUAUUUAUUAUUUAAAACAUAAUGUUGUUGUUUUUUUUAUUUUUUUCGCUUAUAAGAAUUUCUAAAAUAUGUUAGGGUUAAGCUACACUCAGAGCAAACUAAAAAUAUUUAUCUGAAGCUAAACAGUUCACCCUAGCAAGAUAUAACUAAUACAACGGGCUUCAGCCAUUGAUAUGUGAAGACGAAUGAAUACCCGAACCUAUUAAACUCUAAGGGGGAUAAAGAGGGUACGAGCAGGCUUUCUCAAGUUUGACUAGCCUAAUACAGACAUACUACAUACAUAAAGGCAGCACUUGGAACCAAAGUAUUGUUAAUGAGACAAGAUAGCGAAUUAAAUAUAAGUAAAUUAAAGGGCUCCAAACCUGGAAGUCUGGUGUGACCAGGUGGGGACGGAGCAAGGCGGGGCAUCUGACAAUUGACUACUGGGGAGGUAAUUACAUGCAUGUGAGAUGUUUUAAUAGAGUCUAGAGUUUAGCUCCCUUAGUACCUGCAUUACCUCUUAGCAGUGUUGCCGUAUCGGGGCUCACUACUACUUACCCUGGUCGACGCAGUCCCAUAUUUUCUCUCACAAAAAAAUGUGGUCUUUAUAUAUGUAACAUGGAAGCACUCUUCAUUGUUUCACUACUUAGAUUUACAUUUAUAUUCACUAUAGUCGGAUCCAACUAUUACGAAAGUGUAAACUGACAGUAGGGAUUAAAAGAGAAAAAAAACAACAAUCGAGCAAGCGCUACGCUUCCUUGUGAUGUAUGUGAUGUAUGUGAUGUAUGUGAUGUAUGUGAUAUAUGUGAUGUAUUGAUAUAUGUGAUGUAUGUGAUGUAUUGAUAUAUGUGAUGUAUUGAUAUAUGUGAUGUAUGUGAUGUAUGUGAUGUAUGUGAUGUAUGUGAUGUAUGUGAUGUAUGUGAUAGAAGUGAUGUAUGUGAUGUAUGUGAUGUAGUGAUAUACGUGAUGUAUGUGAUGUAUGUGAUGUAUGUGAUGUAUGUGAUGUAUGUGAUGUAUUGAUAUAUGUGAUGUAGUGAUAUACGUGAUGUAUGUGAUGUAUGUGAUGUAUGUGAUGUAUGUGAUGUAGUGAUAGAAGUGAUGUAUGUGAUGUAGUGAUAUACGUGAUGUAUGUGAUGUAGUGAUAUACGUGAUGUAUGUGAUGCACGAGAUGAACGUGAUUUAGGUGACAUGUGAUGUACAUGAUGUAUGUGAUGUUUGUGACAUGUUAUG